UUUGUGAUGUUAUAACUCCAUGUGGCUUAGACAUAAUUAAUGGUCGCGAUCAAAGUUACGAUGAGGCAUCAAACAUGCCUGGAAUAUACGGUGGUGUAUCAUCAAUAAUUUUGAAGCAAUAUUCAAAAGCUAUUUAUAUCUACUGUGUUGCACAUUGUUUAGAUUUAGUCGUACAUGAUUUAACAGAUCAAUGUGCUUCUAUUGGUAACUGCAUACUUUAUGUAAAAGAUAUUAUUGAUUUUAUACGUCGAUCACCGAAACGUCUUAUUAUUUUGAAAGAAAUAUUUUAUCAAAUAUUGUUAUCUUAUACAAAUCUUACGGCAUUAUGUCCAACUAGAAGGACUAUGCACGCUGAAUCAUAUGGUUCAUUAUUAAAAAUCUAUGAACAAGGUCACUUAAUAUUUACAGAUACAGAAAAGCUAUCAUGUGCAUUGCAAAGUUCUGAUUGCUGUUUACAAGACGUUUUUUGUGCUGCUGAAGCAAUUAUUUAUCAUUUUCGACGUAUUCAAGUAGUUCAAGAUAAUGAAGGUUUAACAGAAAAACCUAUUCUACCUCGACUUCGAAGACCACCACGACGAUAUGAAUCAAAUACAAUUCCCGUAAAUUAUGCAAGUUGUGAAGAUUUUUAUCAGAAACAAUAUGUUGAAACAUUAGAAAUAAUUAUUAACAUGCUUCAAACUCGAUUUACACAAAAGAAUUUUAAAAUGUUAUGUGAAGUUGAAAAUUUUAUUCUUAAUAUAUCUAAUAAGUCACCUGAUGGUUCCAAUGACUACAUUAAAACAAUUAUGGAUUUUUGUCAUGAUGAUAUUGAUAUUGAAAGAUUAAAAUCUGAAGCAUUUAUGAUUUCAGACUUUUUUAAAGUUGUUAUUAACACAAAUCAAAUGAAAAUAAAACUAAUUACCAAAAUUUCUACAGUUUGUGAAAUUGGACAACAAAUGUUUCAAGAAUUUGAUAAAUUAAUUCGACUUUAUUUAACUAUUCCAAUAACUACAGCAACUUCUGAAAGAGCAUUUAGUGCAUUAAAUCGAGUGAAAAAUACACUUCGAAGUUCUAUGACUCAAUCACGUCUAGGGGUGUUGUGUCGUACUAAUUUUGAGAUUGGUCGAGGGCAAGCGACAGACGAAGCAAAAUAA